AUGAGUCGCUGGGCAACGGUUGCUGCUGCGGCCACCUUGGUUGCAGGUGUGGCAUUCCUUACUCCUCCCUCGGCAAGGGCCCCUGUCACGGCCACGGCUGAGCAUGUUGGUGUCCAUGGAGGCGCCCAGAGCAAUGCAGGAUCCAGUUCAGGAAGCUGGGGAGCCACGGUGGGCGUGGUCCUCGGUGCUCACCUGGGUUUGGCUGCGGCCUGGCGCACCCGGGCUACCGCAGCACGGGCGGAGAAGACCGAAGGAAAGAAGUAUGUUGAGACCAUUGCUGACCAGCGGCUUUUCGAGCAGGUGUACUUGCAGUACACCUCAGAGUACCUCAAGGGCCCGCUGUACUGGCACCCAAACAAGUUGCAGGGCUGGUUGCCUGACUACCCCGGAACCCCAAUGAUCAAGGAGGGAAAGUACACCUCGCAUGUCAUUGGUAACCUCAAGGCCUUUAGCUCUAAUGAGCUUGCCUUUCUGUCCAUGCUCUUCUUUGGUGUUGGCUUGUAUGGCAAUCUGCAGUUCGACUACUAUGACCCCCAGUGGGCCAAGGUCGAUGCUGGUGGGUUCUUCAACGUCUCUUACAUUGUGGAGUCCUUCCUUCUCCCAAUCUCCUUCUUCAUGCACAUCGCCUGCUACAUCCAGAGGCAGAACGGCAAGUGA